AUGAAGUCGGUCGCCAUCAUUACCGCCUUGGCCGGCCUCGCCGCCGCCUACCCCGGUGAGGUCUUGCGCAAACGCGCUCUUGCGCCUCGCGAAGGCUGCCCUGCAGAGCUCGAGGCCGGUCAAUUCGAGUUCCCCCACUACAUCACCCAGAUCUCGAAAUCCCAACCAGACAAGGCCUUUGGACCGCAAUACAACGGCGUCUUCACACCUAAUGACAUUGCCUCCAUCUUCAGCUUCGACGUCCCGGCGGAUAGAGCCGACGCCAACUGCACGUUGGAAUUCAUCUUCCCAGCAAAAUCACAACUGAAGACGUCCAACUUCGAGUACGAGGGCGGUGGCUCGUUCUUCUUCACCGGUUACAACCCAGGAAGCUGCCCGGGACCAGAGACCACAUGGAACAACCAGCCAGCUCCAGGCCCAUUCCCGCCUUUCCCACCCAUUCACAUGGAACCGGGCAACGCGUAUACCAUCGACGUCGGUCCUUGCUUUGUCGGCGCCGGCACUUGCGUCGCUGGCAUGACCAGCACCAACGACACCAACUUCUGGUUUUUCCAGGACCAGGACGAGUGCCCUAUCGGCAUCUACACCGCCUACUCGUACGGUCUGCCGCCAAUGCAAUACCCUCCUACCGCAUAA